CGACAGUUGACUUCUCUGUCCACUUCAAAGAGCUUCAUCAGAAUGACUGACUUUUGUCAUGAAGGAUGGUCAGAGACUGAACCAGCCACUGAGGAGAUUCAGAGGAUCUGUGAUGAGGUGAAAGGCCAAGUGGAGGAAAGAACAAAUACGAAGUAUGGGAUAUUCAGAGCCCUUCAAUACAGGAGCCAAGUCGUGGAAGGAAUGAACUAUCUCAUUAAGAUUCAUGCUGGAGGAUUCAUUUAUCUUCAUGUGAUGGUGUUUGAAGCUUACGGAGGAAAGCUAUCAGUGAUUGGUGUGGAAGAAGGUCACACCAAAGAAGAUCCUCUGGUACCUUUCUAAUGUGAUCACAGCCUGGUACUGAUCACUGUCUCCAGGCCACUGCCUCAAUGAUGUUGUUAUCCUGAAAGAAUUAAACACAAUAUUAAUUUCCAGUAAUGAUACAGGCUGUGAUUCAUUUCCAGUCUGUUGACAAACAAAUAAAUAAAGAAUUUGUCAUUUGA